AUGCAGCUGCAGAAGCAGCAGCAUUACGGAAGCCACGGACCGGCCCGUCCGAUCGCGACGCCGUCGUCGCCGCGCAGGCCGAAAAAGGCUGUGCACGGUGGCGGCGGCGGCGGCGGCUGCGGGUGCGCCGGCAACAGGGACAGGUGGUUGCGGACGUUCAGGGCCAUAGUGGACAUGACGUGCGCCAACAAUAAGGGCCGCGACAAUUGCGCCUGCGCUCCGAAGCCGCCGGUCAAGUCCAUUCUCCGGCAGCCGACCACGUACCGGUACAUCGUGGGCAUGUCCGGUUUUCCGUCCAAGGUGGCCGUCUAUCCCGACAGACGCACGUGAACUGCCGGUCGAAACGGUCCGCCUCCGCCUCGCGAGCUAUAUUCCGAUCGUCGUAUACGGUGCUGGACCGGUUUUUUUUUUUAUUUUUUUUUUCUUUCCGUUUCAAUAUUGUACCCCUUAAACCGGGAAACGGCUACCCCUUUCAAUAACAUUUAUUGUACCUGUGCGUUGAGACAAUUGUCAUUCUGGUAAAUAAACGCUCUGAAAAUGGUUCGAAUGUAUACAACCACUAUAAUAAUAUUUACCGAAAAUGAUUUAUGUAGUAAAUAAUCAAUUAAAGCGUUGGAAAUCUCACGUCGCUACACAAUUUUAUUUUGUUGUUCAAAAUAUUACAAUAUUUUAGUAUCCUAAUAUUUCAGGCCUGUCGACCAAGUUUCCGUUUUACUCGCCAACACUGUCGUUUUGGUAAUUUAUAUUUUCGAAAACUUACAAGUAUACUUACCCAAUGUCAACAGUGUUAUUUUUUAUUUUUAUUUCACGUUUCUUAAGCCCUCGCCUUUAUUAAACGGUUACGAUUGACAUUCAAUGUGUAUAUACUCAACGGCAAUCAGUGACGCAACCACGGGGGACGUGAGCGUUUUGGGUGUCUGGACACCCCCUCCGUCGGUGUUUAAAUGUAUUAAAAUAUAGGUAUGUUAAAAACAAGUGUUUUUUUUUUUUUUUUUUAAAUUUAGAUAUUCGACACCCCCUUCAAUAAAUCCUGAUUGCGCCACUGAAGACGAUAACAACCGAACACGUUGCGCGUCGUUGGUAUAACAUAUUCAUACGACUAAUUCGUUGAUUUUCAUGGUGCUAUCGUGUCAUGAUUAAUACGUUUAGGUAUAUAAGUACUUAUCUGAAUUAGGUAUAACUAUACUGUACGUAUAUUUUUUUUUAGUUAUUAUAAUUUAGGUAUAUUCCGUUUGCCGUGAACAUAAAGAUGUCAUUAUACUACAAUUAUAAACAAGCGAAACAUAAAAACAAAUAAUUUAAAAUAAUAAACCUUCAAACCAAGGGCAUGUUAUUUUUUUUCUAACAGGUUUUUAACAUUAUGGUUUGCGUUAUCUUUUUGAAUUAUAUCAUACUGUCCUUAUAUCAUAUAAAAAUACAAUAAUCUAUUAUGCACCGGGGUACGCUCCCCAGAUACAUUAUUUCUCCAAAUUUUUUUUUGUAAUUCUAUAGAUCCUGAUAUUACUAUAUUUCAAUCACAGAUAUGUGUCUAAAGAAGGCCGAGAGGACACUCAGAACCCACCCAGCGCUGGAAAGAUAGGAUUACAAAAAACACAUCGAGGUUGGGAAUAACCGACCGAAGAAGAAUUAGCUCAAUAUAGAGAUGGGUAGAGGCAAGUGAUUGUUGCGGCAAUGGACUUAAACGAUCCGUAAAAACCAAUAAAGAAAAAGCUGUUUAAUAUUCUUGGUUUAUUCAAAUUUAUAAAAUUUUGUAUACAUAAAAUUUGCAUAGUAAAAUCUGAACAAUUAUCAACGUUUUAAAAUGGAUAAAAUCAUAUUUUAAUUUAAAUCUUUUGUUUUACGCUUUUAUUUGCAAAAAAAAAAACAAAUAUUCACAAUUAAUUUUCCAAACUGAAUAUGGAUACGCUCUCAAUCUAAAAUUUAUAAGGAAUACUCACAAAAUCGUGAAACAAAGAUAAAUAUAGUAACCAAUUAUCUGUUCCCUAUCAUUUUGUUUACAAUAUCUUAAAUAUUCUACAAUUGAUCAAAAUAGAAAUAUUCUACAUAGUAUGAAAGUUGACUGUAAAUCACAGAGUAUUCGAGUUAACUUAAAAAAUAAAAACGUUAAUAAAAAAUUCAAAACAUUUCGAUAAGUUUGUUAUCGUAAUUGUAAAUAAAAUAUAUUUGUCUAUUUGCAAUGCACUAUAAGCUCGGUAAGAAAGCAUAAUAAAACUAAACCCUAAUAAUCAAUUUUUAAAAUAUAUUUUGAAACAAUUUUUUUCUUUUAUUUGUGGUUUACGUAGUUAUCAUUAAAUAAUAUAGAAUAAAUAAUAACGAACAAUUGUUAUUUCGGAUUGCACAAAUUAAUAUUUUAACUGCACAAAAUGUGUCUCACUGCGUCUCACUGCAUACUAAAAAGAAAACCCUGCUUUCUCAACUUAACAGUAGCCUGUCUUUAAGCAUUAUUUAGCCUAUUUUUCUAGUCUAGUUUAUAGUAUACGAAAUAUUAUUCAGACCGAUCUCACCAGUGUUAUUGGUGUUAUUUACGUAUUAUAAAUUAUACGAAUAGGGACGUCAAAAAAAAAAAAAGUUUUAAGAAAAAAUAAUUUAAAAAGUUAUACGUAUAAUAUUGAUUAAGUGCAAUAUUUUGAGUGAAAAUAAAAAUUUAAUGUCGGACCAAGUCCUCUAGUAGAAAAGCUAUCCACAGAAAUAAAAAAAAUAUAAACAUCUUUAUAAAACCAUAAGCUUCUUCGCUCCACUCAGAAUCUAAAAUUGUCAACGAUGUAAAUAUUUAUAAUAUUAAUUAUUUCAUUUAUUGUGUUUCCUUAAAUAAUUCGCUGGACUCACAGGGUUCUCCUGGACCUGAGGAGAUGGGUCUCGAGACGCCCUAAGGACCUCACUUUCCACGUCACGCAAGCCUUAACAGGUUACGGGUGCUUCAGGCAUUACCUCUGCCGAAUGGGACGAGCCCCAGACGCGGAGUGCUUACACUGCCGACACCCGGAAGACACAGUCGAGCACACGCUCUUCGUAUGCCCUCACUGGGAACUCUAUCGGCUAGACGUCAGAGCGUAUGUUGGCGGUAAUAAAACAUAG